AUGAAGAGAUCGAUCUAUCUAGCUCUGUUUCUGCUUUUGUUAGCUUUCUUUAGCAGCAAGUUUCACACAGAGGGACACCGAGAUUUGAGAGAUUUGCAGAUAAGCAAGGAGACGUCUCUUGGUGGUAGCUUACGAAAAAUCCCAGGAAGUCGUUACAGUCCUAUACAGAACAAGAGAGAUCCAAGGAAACAGAAGAUCACAUCAAGAGAACCAUAG